AUGGGGGAUGGUAAAGUGUUAGUCCUCGAUGGAGGUUUCUCAUCGCAAAUAUCGUGCCAUGUUAGCACUACAGCAGAAGGCGAUCCUCUAUGGAGUGCACGGUUCCUUCAAACUAACCCUGAGGACGUUUUUCACACUCACUUGGAUUUUCUUUGUGCGGGUGCUGAUGUUAUUUCAACCAAUACUUACCAAGCUUCAGUCGAAGGAUUCGUAAAGCAUCUUGGUGUAUCAUCUGAGGAAGGAUUAGGACUAAUUAGACUAGCUGUGGACCUUGCUGAAAGAGCUCGUGACACAUACUUAGAAGAUAACGAUGGAACACCCCGCCGCAACUUGAAGCCCUUAAUAGCUGGUUCAGUUGGUCCUUAUGGUGCUUAUCUACACGAUGGUUCAGAAUAUCUUGGCAAUUAUGCUGAUAAAAUAUCCAGUGAAACUAUGAAAGAAUGGCACAAACCUCGAAUAAAAACUUUAUUGGAAUCUGGGGUAGAUUUGCUUGCAAUGGAAACAAUACCUUGUUUUAAAGAAGCGGAGGUUCUUAUCAAUUUGUUAAAAGAAUACCCUUCAGCUAAAGCGUGGCUCUCAUUUAGCUGCAAAGAUGAUAAAAGUCUUGCUCAUGGUGAAGACUUUCAAACAACUGUUAUAAAGUGCUGGGAGGCUAAUCCAAAACAAUUAUUAGCACUAGGGGUAAAUUGUUGUGCUCCUAAAGUUGUCUCUAACCUGUUGAGAGGUAUUAAUGAUGGUAGAGAACCAAUUCCUCUUGUGACGUAUCCUAAUUCAGGUGAAGCAUAUUGUCCUGAAAUUGGUUGGACAGAUAAAGAUAAGGUUGAUUCUAUUGACAAGUAUGUCCAUGAGUGGCUUGAUCUCGAUAAAACAGAACUGAAAAAAGAAAUCGAUAAGGUGCUUUCCAGCGUCCCUGGUCACGGGAAACUGAGAUUUGAGUUAAGAGACGAUAAGUUCUCCGACUACCUUAUGUUAAUGAGAGAGAGAGACGCCCGAUACACCUUGUACCACGAAAAUUUAGCCCUUGAACUGAAAUGCAAGGAAUUGGUCAACUCAUCCCAAUGUCACCAAUACAAUGAAGAACAGGGAGAUCCUGUGAUAUUACGAAUUGCUCUUGAUCGUUGUAGAGAACAACUGUCAGCAACACAGAGCAAGCUGAAGAAAAUGAUCGAUGAUUAUUCUGACACUGUCCCGCGACGGGAGUACGAUGUCUUGGAGAACAAGCACAACGAGCUCAACAAGAAGCUUGACACCCUUAAAACAGAGUACGAGGCACUAGAGAAUUGUUACAGGCGUGUUGUAGUAAUAAUUGCAGCACAAAAGAAAAGUUUACAAGAAGAAUUGUCCGAGAUUAAGGAGAGAUGCAGAGAGUUGGAGAGGGCUGGCACUCCGCGGCCGCAAUGGGAAAUCUGCGCUGACUUCAUUGCUGGAGGUCGAGAUAGUAAAUAA